UUUGGAUACACUAAGCAGCUGAACUACCAAAAACGGUGGUCUGUUUCACUCACAUCGCUUAGUUGUCGUCUGCUCGCUCGCUCUCUUUGAGAACCGGUGACCGGGAGCACAAUGUGCGUCAGUUAAACCCUUCCCCCCCCUCCCCCUGGGCCGUGUGAGAAAGGGUCUGUCUGGAGGAAUGUGUUUUUCUGGGUGGUAUGAAGGAUCCGAGCAGGACUCAUGAGUGCGGUGGGCUGGGGGAGAGCUGAGAGAUUAGCCGGUCCUCAUGACCAGGACCUUAGUCCACUCAGCCCCACGGCUAACAUGGACGACUUCACCACACGCACCUAUGGCACCGGCACACUGGACAACAGACCCCUGUUCGGAGAAACGUCGGCCCGGGACAGAAUAGUAAACCUUGCUGUCGGUGGAUUCACUUCACUGCUCGUGAUGGUGACCAUCAUCAGCUCCUUUCUCUUUCCCGCCUCACCCCCCAGAGCUCUGAACAUUUUCUUCAGCGUGUGUAUCGUCAUGAUCUGCUCGUCCGUGCUGAUUCUGAUAUUCUGGUACCGUCAGGGAGACCUGGAGCCCAAGUUCAGGAAGCUCAUCUACUACAGCAUAUCAUCCGUGGUCCUGCUCUGCCUGUGUGCCAAUUUGUAUUUCCAUGAUGUCGGAAGAUGAGGAGCGUCCUAAAGUUUCUCAGGGGCCGCACGAUCCAGAACAUUCUCGGAUGACCCAGCGUCUUUAGAUACUAAAAAUAUAUGUCUGUUUAACAUUGUGAGAGUAACGUGUUUUUCCCGUAUAAGCAGAAGCCGAGGAGAGAAGAAGCACAUUUCCCUUUAGAACAGAGGAGAAGGGCUGAAUGUUAAGUCAAAUCCGUUUUCACAUUCAUCUCAUUCCAUAUUAAAGUUGAGGUGCUGUACGUGAAGUAUAGAGCUGCUGAAAGAUUUUGAGCAUUUCUGAGCGCUUGUUUGAAUGUGUUUUCAAAAUGUGUGCAUUUCUUUACCUAAUUUAAUUGUCAUUCCAGUCAUUCUGAGCUGUUGAAUAGGAUUUUGUCCCUGGACGGGUUGUUUAGGCACUUAGAGAAAACACAUGACACUAGUUAAUAUGAAGAUGUUUCUGUUUGCUGGGGAAUCUCAUACAAUCCUCUGUGUGUCAUUCAUCAUCUCUCUGUCAUUUACUGCUGCACUUUACCAUGCUACAUCUCAAGGUUUGAUCAGCCAAUAGCAAUACACUACCUUUGGCUAAAGGCCAGAGAUGAGUCUGGGUGUCCUGGACAGUUUGCUUACGGGGAAACUGUUAAAUGAAUAUGCAACUCAGCAUUCUUUCCCUCUGUUUAUGGAGGGUUGUCUUAAUAAAUACCAGAAUGACAAUGACUGCAGUAUAACUAUUGGAGUGCAAUAAAAACUAUGAAACUGUC